UUUCAACGAUCAGCAAGUAUAAUGUUACGUAUUUUAACUUUGGUUCUCUUUCUAUACUUGUCUUCUGUUAUGUCAUCAGAAAUAAUGUCAUACGCAAGAGUAUCGAAGAACGGACAAUUAGCAAGAAGCUCUCAUGAUACUUCUCCGUGGAUUACUAGGCUAUCAAUGAAAAGCAAUAGGAGCGUGGAAAACGAAAAUAAAGAGAGAAGUAUAACCGAUGUUGUUAUCACAGUAUCACCUGUUUAUAUGCCAAUCAAGGCUCCAAAAUUACAGAAAGGAGAAGCAAUUAAUUAUUCAAUCACUCCAAAAUAUUCUACGCUGGAUAAUGACAUGAUAGCCAAGCUAGACGUUACAAGCAAAAAAUUGAUUCAACAUCGAUUUCAUCCACCUGCAAUUUUUGAGCAUAACGUUGCACAUGCAAAUAGAAAACCACAGAAAGAAAUAUCAGAUACAAAAAAUUCCUUAAAUGCAAAUUCAUCUACCUUUCUCGGUCCAAUCUUCUCUGGUAUGUACGAAUACAGUCCAUCAGAAUUUUUCGAUGAUGAAUCAUCUAAACCAAUGAUUAGCAAAUAUCCAUCUACGGAUGAUAAAAAGAUUCUAGAUUCCUAUAAAUCACCACCGAAUAAGUAUCACACCGAGCAGGAAAGUGACUAUCUUAAUUACGACAGUGCUUCUUCGUAUGAAAAUGACGAACUUGGAUCAAAACCCGUGAAAUUCGUCAACUAUUAUGAACAUUCACCAUCAUUCACGGAGAAAGAUCCAUAUGAACACGAUUUAAUAUAUGAAAACGUACCUGAAUAUCAUCAUCACGAAUCCACAACGACAGAAGAACCGGAAAUGAAUGAUCAGCGACUCGAUAAAAGACCAUAUUCGUAUUACUUUAUAGGCAAAAAACUUUGGUAUAUACCUCUAUACUUUAGCAUUUAUUUUAUCAUAUACAUAGCUGCGCUUGUAUUGAAAAGCAUCGCCAGACAUAAGAUCAACUUUCCGGCUAAUUUAGCAGAAGCUGCAACACAUAAGUGAAGCGAUUCGAAUGAAGGAUGAUGGUCUUUUACUGAAAAAUACUUGAAGGAAUAGAACGAUUCGCCAAAACAUAAAAAUUCCAAAGACUAAUAAAUUACCAGUGAAAAAAUACCGAAAAAGCCAUUGUAUGUGUAAAUAUUUGUUAUUUUCUCUUCCUAAAAAGAAUAAAGUAAAAAUAUAUUUGAAAACUUUUGAAUAAAACUAACAGAACAAUAAUUGAUAUAAUUAAAUUAGUUUAUAAAACGUAAAAUGUAUCGUUGAGAUAAUGUUUGUA